CAGUUGUUCAAAUAUUUUUGAUUAUUGACUUAAGUAAACGAAAAUAAAACAAAGAAAAGUGUUGUUGUGACAAAAAAGAAUUUUAUAAGAUGUUUAGUUAUAAAAUUUGUUUAUUUCUUUGCAUCACAGUUUAUGCUGCGAGAGUUCAUGGAGAUGACAUAAUUUUUGAAUCAAAUGUAUUGCCAAUUCCAAGUGAGAUUCCAACAUUAAGUAAUGGACACGUUGGAUUUGUUAUCUAUGGUGAUGCAAUACUGAUGAAUGGAUUAUAUAAUGGAAUUCGCGGUGAAUCACAUCGAGCGAGAAUUCCUAAUUAUUCUAAUGUCGUGACAGAUAUUCAAUGCAGUGACAGCAAUUGCAAUUACAAGAUGAAUUUGAAUCAAGGAUAUUUUGAAGCAACAUUCACAUCUGGAACUUCACAUCAAGUUGUGCAACAAAUUUACGCACAUCGCUUUUAUAAUCGAGCAAUCAUAAAUAAAUUUAUUGCUGAACGACAAUCGGGAAGCAACGAUGUCAUUGUGAACCUUUCAGUCAAUGCUGGUGAUACUCAAAGCAUUGAUUUAACUGAUGAACAAAUUGUUACUUCCAAUAUUGCUGGUCGAGAUGUCACAAUCAGAUGCUAUCAAACGAACUUAGUCGAAGAUUCAAUUUAUCAACCAUUGAGGUCAAAAGUUUGCAUAGCACAUACAAAUCCACCACCAACUUUAACAAUCCCUUCAACUGGGAAUAUUGUUGAAUACAUGCACAUAACAACUGUUGGAACUACUUUAGAAGAAGUUUCCAAAGAAAUGGAAGAUGUCAUAAUGAAUGAAUCUUCACUUUUUAUAAGACAUUCAUCCGUAUGGGAAGCUCAUUGGGAGAAGUUUGGAAUUUCCGUUACUGGAAAUACGAAACUAAAUGAAAUUAUUCAUGCCAGCAUAUUUUAUUUGAUUUCCAACUUGCCAUCUGAAGAAACAAAUCAACCGAACGGCGUUUUUUAUGGUUUGAGUCCUGGCGGCUUAGCCAAAGGUGGAAUCUUGUACCAAGAUUACCAGGGACAUUCAUUUUGGGAUACUGAAAUGUGGAUGCAUCCACCAGUCUUGCUUCUCAAUCCCCAAUGGAGUAAAGAUAUUUUAAGCUAUCGUCAUCACACACGAAAAGCCGCUGAUGACAAUGCCAUGAACACUGGUUAUCAAGGUUACCGAUAUCCUUGGGAAUCCGCCUUUACUGGUCGUGAAGUCACACCAGAUUGUUGUCCUGAUGUAGUUGAAUAUCAACAUCACGUUAUUGCUGACAUUGCAUUUGCAUUCCGUUCACAUCUGGCAGCAACACACGACGUUGAAUGGUUCAAAAGUGUUGGAUGUGAAAUUGCAUGGAACACUGCAAAGUUCUGGGAGUCGAGAGUGAAGUUUAAUGAAACGACACAAUUUUAUGACAUUCGCAAUGUCAUGGGACCUGACGAAGAUCAUGAAGACAUCGACAAUAAUGGAUACACAAAUGUCAACGCAGCCAUAAACUUGUACUUUGGUGAAUUUGCUGGAUGUGCUUGCAAAGAUGUUUUGAGAGUGACUGAUGCUGAUUAUGAGAACUUUGCCAAGAUGGCAAGAAGUCUUGCACUUCUCUAUGACGAAGAGAAAGAUUAUCAUCCACAAUAUGAAGGAUAUGAAGAGGGAACGUUGAUUAAACAAGCCGAUGUUGUUCUUUUGGGAUUCCCACUUCAACUCCCAAUGGAUGCUUCAACCAAGGAAAACAACUUGAUAACUUAUGACAGCGUCACGAGAGAAUCAGGUCCCGCAAUGACAUGGGCCAUGCACACGAUUGGCUUUUUAGAUCUUCACAACACAGCAGAGGCAGGUAAAGUUUUCGAGAGAAGUUAUGAAGUGUACUCGAGAGAACCAUUUAAAGUUUGGAGUGAAGUUAUCCAGGGAGUGGACGGUGCUGGAAAUUUCAUCACUGGCGCUGGUGGAUUUUUACAAUCAAUAAUUAAUGGCUAUGGCGGUGUUCGUUUACACUUCGACAGAAUGACAAUUGGAAACUUUUACGUUCCACCAUCUUCUUCAUCACUUGAAUUCAAUGGAAUAACUUACUUAAACAAUCGAUUCAAUUUGAUAAUUGUUGGAACAGAUGCAACAGUUACCUUCUUAGAAGUUAAUCCUUUAAGAAGAAUAAAAGCGACAUUGAAGAACACUGAAAAAGUUGAUGAGGUGAUUAAUGUUGGAUGGUCAAUAACAUUCAACCGUGAUCAGGAGCUUGUUCUGGAACCUGUAGAAAAUCCUUUUGGAACAUGUGAAGUGAAAGAAACUGUUGUUGGAGUUAAAGCUUCUGAACCAGAAGUAAUAAUUGAAGAAAAUGAUUGGAUAGUUGGAUCACCUGAAUUACCAAUUCCAAGUGACAUUCCAAGCCUUAGCAAUGGGCAUGUUGGAUAUGUUGUUGAAGGAGAUUCUAUUCUCAUGAAUGGAUUAUACAACGGCGAAAGAGGUGAAUCACAUCGUGCAAGAAUUCCAAACUUUUCAACAUUAGUUGUUGAUGAGACAUGUUCCCAAAAGAUUUGUGAGUAUCGGUUGAAUAUGAGGCAUGGAUAUUUUGAGAAGAAGAUCACCAGUGGAACUAGUUAUCAGAUUGUACAACAAACUUAUGCCCAUCGGUUUUAUAACAGAGCGAUAGUUAAUCGAGUCGUUUUAGAACGACUAGAGGGAACAUCUCAAUAUUCAGUCAACUUGUUUGUGAAUCCGGGAGAUAUCCCUGGAGUUGAUUUAACACAAAUUGGAGAAGCUAAACUUGAUCGAGUAGCUCAACGUGACAUCACCAUUCGAUGCUUUGAAACAAAUGUUGUUGAAGACUCAAAUUAUCAGAAACAAAAUUCACAAGUUUGUGUCGCACACACGAAUUUCCCUUCAAAAUUGGAACUUCCAUCGACUGUUAGAAGAGUUGAGUACAUUCAUGUUACUGCAGUGGGAUCAACUGAAGCUGAAGUUAAAAAAGAAAUUCAAGACAUGUUCAUGGCAGAAAUCGACAAUACAGCAAUUUUCAAUCGACAUAUAGCUGAAUGGGAAACUCAUUGGGAAAAGUUUGGAAUUUCCGUCACUGGAAAUAUGAAAUUGAAUCAAAUAAUUCAUGCCAGCAUAUUUUAUUUGAUUUCCAACUUGCCAUCUGAAGAAACAAAUCAACCGAACGGCGUUUUUUAUGGUUUGAGUCCUGGCGGCUUAGCCAAAGGUGGAAUCUUGUACCAAGAUUACCAGGGACAUUCAUUUUGGGAUACUGAAAUGUGGAUGCAUCCACCAGUCUUGCUUCUCAACCCCCAAUGGAGCAAAGAUAUUUUAAGCUAUCGUCAUCACACACGAAAAGCCGCUGCUGACAAUGCCAUGAACACUGGUUAUCAAGGUUAUCGAUAUCCUUGGGAAUCCGCCUUUACUGGUCGUGAAGUCACACCAGAUUGUUGUCCUGAAGUGGUUGAAUAUCAACAUCACGUUAUUGCUGACAUUGCAUUUGCAUUCCGUUCACAUCUGGCAGCAACACACGACGUUGAAUGGUUCAAAAGUGUUGGAUGUGAAAUUGCAUGGAACACUGCAAAGUUCUGGGAGUCGAGAGUGAAGUUUAAUGAAACGACACAAUUUUAUGACAUUCGCAAUGUCAUGGGACCUGACGAAGAUCAUGAAGACAUCGACAAUAAUGGAUACACAAAUGUCAACGCAGCCAUAAACUUGUACUUUGGUGAAUUUGCUGGAUGUGCCUGCAAAGAUGUUUUGAGAGUGACUGAUGCUGAUUAUGAGAACUUUGCCAAGAUGGCAAGAAGUCUUGCACUUCUCUAUGACGAAGAGAAAGAUUAUCAUCCACAAUAUGAAGGAUAUGAAGAGGGAACGUUGAUUAAACAAGCCGAUGUUGUUCUUUUGGGAUUCCCACUUCAACUCCCAAUGGAUGCUUCAACCAAGGAAAACAACUUGAUAACUUAUGACAGCGUCACGAGAGAAUCAGGUCCCGCAAUGACAUGGGCCAUGCACACGAUUGGCUUCUUAGAUCUUCACAACACAGCAGAGGCAGGUAAAGUUUUCGAGAGAAGUUAUGAAGUGUACUCGAGAGAACCAUUUAAAGUUUGGAGUGAAGUUAUCCAGGGAGUGGACGGUGCUGGAAAUUUCAUCACUGGCGCUGGUGGAUUUUUACAAUCAAUAAUUAAUGGCUAUGGCGGUGUUCGUUUACACUUCGACAGAAUGACAAUUGGAAACUUUUACGUUCCACCAUCUUCUUCAUCACUUGAAUUCAAUGGAAUAACUUACCUAAACAAUCGAUUCAAGUUGACUAUUACUGAUGAUGAAGCUGUUCUAAAAGUCGUUGAACUCGAUCGUGAUCAUCCAAUCAGAGUGACAUUGAAGUCCGUCAAUAAUGAAAUUAUUCCUUCGGUUGGCAGUGAAAUAAAAUUCAAGCAAAAUGAUGAACUUAUAAUUAAAGGAACUCAAAUGCCUUAUGGUAGUUGUGAAAUGAAGGAAACUAUUCUAGGACAGAAAGCACGAGCUGAUUCACUUAAAUUCAAUUUCGUUUUGAUUGUUUUUGCUGCAUUUAUUUUCAAUUUCUUUUUCGUUUGACACAAUUAUAAAAAUUGUUUUUGAUUUCAAUUUGAAGACGAAAUAAAUAAGUUUACAAGGA